AUGACCUAUUUUGAAAAGAGUUUAAAUUUGGUUAUUUAUGUUCCACAUUUUGUCAACUUCUAUGCAGAUUUUGUGUGUAAGUUGCUAGAAAAAUCUCAGUCUGGACUAGAAAAAGCUGAUGAUUUUGGGUGGACUCCUUUCCACUAUGCUGCACACCUUGGCAAUAAGGGGCUUGUUAAACUAUUUCUGAUGGAUGAGAAUAAGGCCCUUGUUUACUCGCACAAUAAACAAGGUAUGUCUGCCCUUCACAUUGCCGCAAAGAAAGGAAAUGUUGGUGUAAUUAGAGUUCUGAUCGAAAGUUGUCCAGAUAUUUGUGAGUUGUUGGAUGAUCAUGAUCGUACGGCUCUUCAUGUUGCUGUGGAAAAUAGACAGGAAAGAGUGGUGAAAUUUUUACUAAAAUCAUUGGCAUUUCAGGAUCUUAUAAAUGAGAAAGAUAAAAAAGGAAAUACAGCUUUGCACAUAGCCUCUAUUCAAGGAGAUAUCGAAAUCCUAGCAGUGCUGAAAAAUGACUCAAAAAUUGACAAAAGGGCUGCCAACAACAAGGGAAAGACCUACGUUGACCUUAUCCUAUCAAACGAGAAGCUUAAGGAUAUUGAAAUUUUGGAAAUUAUGGAGAAGUUGGGGAUAGCAAUUGGUUUACCACCAGCACCACCGCGACGUUUGGAAGAGAAGGUGGAGGCAAUAGAAACUAAAGAAGGAGAGAGAGAUGACAAUGAGAAGAAAAAAGACGAAAUACAAGUUGAAGAAAAAAAAGCUGGGAAACAUCAUGAAGGAGACGAACAAACGAAGCAUCAUUCAGUGUUAAACCAAGCGACUAAGGAUGUGGUCAGCCUGAAUCUAGUGAUAUCCACAAUUAUAGCCGCUGCUUCCUUUGCAGCCGCUUUCACAAUGCCUGGUGGAUACAAUGACCAAGGCAUACCAAUUUUCAGUGGAAGUAAAGAAUUCCAAAAUUUUCUUACUUAUGAUAAAAUGGCUUUUACUUGCUCCACUUUCUCCAUGUUGAUCCACUUUUUUGUCCCACUAUUUCGAAAAUUCGUAAAUUCUAUAAUCCCAGUGGUUUGGAUAGCAUUUCUAACAACAUUCUCACUUGUGGCAAUGGUUUGUGCUCUGGACCAGGCCAUAAUGACAGUCCUCCCUGAAAAACCUAAGUACAGUGACAACCCUUUUCGUAGUGGUGGCAUUGCAUUCCAGUUUUCGUCCUUGUUAUGCGUCCUAUACUUUCUUUCUAUGUUUUCGUUUCCAAUAUCCACAAUAGUCAAGAGAAAUGAUCCUCACAACAAUGUUAGAAGCCGUUUUGGACUCUGGAGUUGA